CCGCUGUUUCCGGUGUGGGCGAGGCUCAGAGACAGCUGCAGAGCUCCGAGACCCAAAACCUUCAGUUUGUUUUUAUUCAGCAGCAGAACAAAUAUUCUUAAAACCAAAAAAAACCUCCAGAAAACAAACAAAUAAAAGAAGAAAAACAAACAAACAACGGAAUCUCUUCACGUCCGGAUCAGAAGCCUGCAGGAACUCUCCGGUGAGUCCGGUCCCGGUGAGUCCGGUCCCGGCUGCUGCUGCAGGAUGUGAGAGAACCACAACAACACCGACCCCGAACACUGACGGCCGCCACAUCUCACCACGUUUAAAGAUCCACAGAAGAAUCCUGACGGCUGCAGACAAACAUGGCUCUGUUCUUCUCCGGAGCCGUUACAAGUUCGCCAAUCAAACGGAGGCUGCGGGCUCAUCACUCCUGUCAGAGCCUCGACCUGUCCCUCCUCUCUCCGGACUCCUCGUACGUCUGUUACCCGUCCGUGGACGGCGGUGACCCUAGCUCCUGCCGCCGCUCGCCGCGCCUCCUCACCAACGGCUACUACAGCGUCACCGAGGACAGCUUCUCCUGGGACGACGAGGGCAACGUGUCGCUGACUCCCUGCAAAACCAACGUGUCCUACAAGGAGAACCUGGUCAGGGUCUUCCGGCGUAGGCGGCGGCCUCGGGGCUCUCUGGCUCGCCUGCUGAGUGACGUGACGGAGAGCUGCCAGUCCUGGCUGGAUGAGAAAGUCUUCAGAGGCGUGUUCGGGACGGGACAGAACCAGAACCGGGACCAAGAACAGGACCAGGACAGGGACCGGGACCAGGAUUGGGUCAGGGCCAACCAGGAGGGCCUGUCCCCGCUGGACGAGUCAUCCUGGUCUGCAUUCAACAGCACCGAGCUGGACGACAGCCGCGGCUUCACCUACGACCACACUGAGAUCCCGCCUCCUCCCGACAAAGUGGCCCCGCCCCCGAAGAUCCUCAUCCAGGAGGAGAUUUGUUCUGAGAUCUGUCAAUCAACAGAGCGGUUCACCCAAUCACUGGGCGGCCUCUCUGAAGUCCCGCCUCCCUCGCCAUUCUACACCAACAGCUGCUGCUGCCAGACCGCACCUGAGCACACAGGGUUAACGAUGAAGACCCUCCUCCUUUUCAUCUUCACGGUCUUCAUCUUCACCGCUCUUUACUCAGGGUGUCUCUUGUGGAGCGCGACUGUGGCAUCGACCGCGUUUGUGAUGAUCACAACAUUUAUGCUCCUGACGAAGUCGGGGCCGAUGGGCGAGUGGAGGAGGGCGAAGACGGAGGAUAUCACGUCAAGAAACGAGUAAAAGCGUCCGGAGACAAUUUCCAACGUUUGAAACUGGAGGAGCGAUCAGAGAUCUGACGGGACUCAGUAGAAAUAUUUCACAUGUCACCGACCGUUUGCAUGUACGUGGCACUUAAAGGACCGAGUUACUUACUGAGCUCCGGAUGCAUUUCACAGAAACAGCUGGUGCUUGAUGGCAGAACGUUUUUAUAAAAAUGAGCAUUUUUGAAUGUAAAUCUUUAAAGUUUCAGAAGGGCUGAAGAGAACAUUUAACCUUUAAAUCCAAAGCAAAACUCCGGGAACAUUAGCUCAAUACAUCCAGGUAAUGAACCUUUAUGCUAACUAAGCGGUGCAGGACGACUGAGACUCUGACAAAGAUUAAAAAAAUAAAGUCAGAUCGGACAGGAAACGGAGACGCUGCGUCUCAUUGUGACUGGUUGUUGAUUCGCGUUAAACGCUGGAACCACAAAGUUUUUCCCGGAGAAUAAAAGCUGAACGUGUUUCUGUUAAAAAGCUGAAGGAGCUCAUUCACACGUUAGUGUAGUCACCACGUGUAGCUGUAGCUGUAGCUAUAAAACAUUUAUAACAUAUAAAACAAAUGUAACUGAUGUAUUUUUGAAAUACUGUGUAAAAGUGUAUCUUGUAUCUUUAUCGGAUAGUUGAACUUGGCUUUUUUGGGACGUCCAAAGUGACCAAACGUCAGACGUUAAAUCGUCUGCAGAACAAAUUCAGGUCUUCGCUUCUAUUUAAAACGAGAGCUGUGACUUUUCCUAAGUUCUUCUGAUCUACCAGGAAGUUAUAACCACAGGAGAUAAGUGCCAUUUAUUUGUCCUGAGGAAACUGACUGAAGAGUUUUAUUCCAAAAUUAAAUUAAAAAAGACGCAAAACAAUAGCACAAAUCUAAAAAAAAAGCUCAGAUUUUAUUGUGAAAAUCUUAUUUCCUGGGUAGAGUUCUGACAGGUCGAAUAUUUACAUCCUGUUAGAUCAUCUGCAGCUUUUAGACCACUUUCUGGAUAAAAAAAUAAACUUUAUUGUUAUUAUUAUCAACCAGACAGUUAAUGUUUGUGACCAGAUUAAACAAAUUGAGUGUUAAAUUUUCAGAAUCAGCUCUCUGAUGGCGUGUUGGUCCUGAGUCUACAGAAAAUGUCUGACGUCUGUUAAAAGCAUCAUGAGGAGGAGACGUUUGUUGACAUCUGAUUGACAGGUCGAUGGGCGGGGCCACUGAUACACACCUUGCGACGGCUUUACCUCCAUGGUUGAGCGGCUCGGCUGAAACAGCUACGUUGCUCUGAAACUCAAUUCUGUAGUUUUCUAAUCAAUACAGCAAAGUAAGCCCCGCCCACCUCUGGGUUAAGCCCCGCCCACCCCGAGUACAGAUCAUUCAGUUGGUUGAACAGACACAGAAAACGACGGACUCGCUCUUUCCUUCUUACGUCAUUAAAUGCACACAGGGAGUUAAACACAAUCAGAUGUCACUAGAAUAAACUAGAUGAAUAAAAUCUGAAUUAUAUGAAUAAUAACGUUGUGCAGCUAAUAAACCUCCUGAACUGUCUGUUAUAAAUAUUAAAUCUAUAAUAAUAUAAGUAUGCAGCAUUUUGUAGUAAAACUCUUCAGCUGUGAAGUGCCUUUAUCUCAGCCAGCAGAGUAACACAGGGAGGUUUAAACCUAAAGUGCUGCUGGAUCAUAAACAGACCUGCUCCGCUGUUAUAUGGAGAUAAUCUCAGUGUUUGAUUUAUCCUGCGGGGCGUGGCAGACGGGCGGAGCUUCCCGAUCUGAAGUAUAUAUAUUCUUUAAUAUAUGAGGCUGUGUUCACACUGUGUCCAACGUGCGUUCACAUUUUUAAAGGAAGAUUUCAAGAUUUUUGGAAAUGUUUUGACAACAUGUUUAGAUUUAAUCUAAUGUGUGUGUGUGGAGCUGAGGUCAGCAAGGUGCUAAACUGUUGUUCAUUAAAAAAAAUAAUCCUCAUAAAACCUCAAACGUUCCUGUUUAAUCAAACAAAACGCAGCGUGUUAAUUAUUGAGCUCUAGAGGGGCUGAUAGGAGCCUAAAAUAUCCUCUUUCUUACAAUAAAAUUGCACGUUUACAGGAUUUCUCCAACAAACUCUCCAAAACUCAACGUCUACCUUCCUCCGUCUCCUGCUGGGAAAAUGUGAUUCCACAUCCACUGAUGGUGAAACUUUUUCCUAACCUUUAAAACCAGCGUCCGCUCUGCCAUCAGCCGGUUUUAUUAGCAACCUGCUGUCGCUGUACGCGCGUCAGUGGCAGUUUUAAAGGGCAUGUGUGAACACAGACAAACUCCACCCGGCUGGCGUCGCAGGCAGGAAAAAUGUGCUUCGACACACUUAUUGUACUUUGAGCAAUAACUCCAGAAAAUGUAAGAAACUCAACUAUUAAAACCUCAACAGUGUGCAGGGAGAGAAUCUUUAAAGUCACAGUGAAAAGAAACUGUUACAAGAUCAAUACAGUUUGUAUUGAUCAGGUUUCAUCGGGAGAAGAAGUGCGGCAGGAAGCCGGAUUAAGUAACGUAAAGAAAGAUAAGUACUGUACGGCUUUAUAGAGUUCUGACUUUAUAAAGUUUGUUAAAUUCAAUCAUGUUUGGGCCUCAAACUACGCCAAGACUUUUAUUGAACCUGAGGAGGGAAGAGAUGAGCUGUGCUGCGUUCAAAUCAACAUGUUUCCCAGUAAAACUGUGUGUUUGUGUGUUUUUGUGUCCGAGCGGAACGAGCAGCUUCCUGAAUCCGACGAGUUUUUAUUCACUCAAAGUGCCAAAAUCUGACGGUUCAGGAAAUCAGCGACACGUCGUCAAUGAACAAGAAUCUUAAUAUUCUUAAUCACAGCUCUGCAGAACGUUUUUACUUUUGCAUUUAAAGCUGCAAUAUUUUUAUAUGAGGUGUCGGAUUGAGGCUGUUACGGCGCUUUUUAGCCGCUUUGAGCAACGAGUUUUGGAUUUUUAUGGCUGAAAAUAUGAGCCGAGUCUCUCAGGAGCUAAAAGAAGGAGAGCGAAUAUCAAACAAACUGGAUUUGUUAAUAAGCAACUGUGUCUGCUCUGCCGCCCCCUGGUGGCCAAACACAGUUUAAUGCAGCUUUAAAUGACCAAAGUUUGUUUUUUUCUUUUAUAUAAUAAACUUUUAUGAGGGUUGUUGUAAAAUGUUGAAUUUACUGAAAAGGACAAAAGUGACUAAAAUACAUUAAAUAUGAUGUAAUAAGCUCUUGUGUGUGAUGUAAUGCAGCUGCUGAUGUUUGUUUUAAUCUUUUCAUUGACUGCACUUGUUUCCAGAUGUGGAAAUGUGACACUUACUAUUUCUGUUAUUAUUCCACUGUACUGUAUUCAUGUUAUUAAAGUCUCUUAAAUUGUAAAAUGAAACCUUAAACGACGCACAGACGGGCUUUUAAUUUGAAAUUGGGGAAGAAGAUUAAGAAAUGAUCAACCAAUCAAUCAACGUGAUCAAUGUGUCGAUCACGAUGAUGUCGCCGCGUUUUAAGGUUUGAUUCUUACAGUUUUCAGAUAUUUUCCAGUUUUAGUGAAAGUGUUUGUUUUAUCUGACGUUUAAAUUAAAGUUUAAAGACAAAAA